AUUUUAAAAAUGCAAGUGUUAGUGUGUUUUUAGGCGCAAUUCGUGCAACGAGCACUUCGUAGUUAUCUAAAAUACAUUUUUUUUCCUAAAUCGCACAACCUUUGACAACUCAAUAUAAAUAAUUCGUAGUUAAAUAUAUGUGCAGUCCAGUAUGUUUCUACAGCGAUUUUGCUCAUAUGCCAGUUGAGCUCGAGCUUUGUAUUCAGCGAUUUUUUAUUGUCUCUACGGCAUAAAUUGUUUUGGCGGACUGCCAAAUAUAAUAGAUUCACAAUUUUAUGGCAUAUCGUUGCCAUUUUCAUGCACUGUCUGUGGCCAUAGAUAACGAGACUGCUCAGGAAUAACGAGAACUGAAAAUUUCUAAAGCCAUCCCAUAUAUACUUAUACAAUCCGGAUAAAAACCACCAUAGUAACUAGUGAAAUUCCGUGAAUUAAACAGCCACACAAGAACACAUGCAAAGCAAUGAGUGCUCCAGUGUCAGUAUUCAAGGCAAAAGCUGCCCUUUUUGCCCCACCACUAUUACAGAUUACAGUGCUGUUAACUAUUGUCCUGCCACCGCCAGCUGCGAAAGCCACAAGCGGUUUACGUGUACCCACCUUUAUACAGGAACCCACGCCUCGACUGCUCUUUAGCAACGAUACUGGUACACAGGUUACAUGCACAGCGCACGGCAAUCCUCAGCCGGUUGUGUCAUGGGUGCUUAAGGAUGGCACAAUGGCAACUCAAGUACCAGGGCUCAGAAAAAUUGCUGGCAAUGGUACCUUAUACUUCCCACCAUUCCUGGCGCAGUAUUAUCGCACAGACGUACAUGAGACAACCUACCGAUGCCGUGCAACCAAUGAAGCCGGCACAAUAUUGAGUCGCAAUGUGCAGGUGCAAGCAGUGGUGCGACGGCAGUACCAAGUGCAUGUGGAGAACUCGGAAGUGUAUUUGGGGAACUCGGCGUUGAUUAAAUGCGCGAUGCCUGACUAUGUGCGCCCGUAUGUUAAGGUGACCAGCUGGCAGCGUGGCGAAGAAAUUUUAUUACCGGAUCUGUCGGAUGUUGAACAGUUGAUACGGUAG